CCGAAUUGACACUGUAAACUAAACCCAAUCAAACAAAAUUUUAAAGAUUGUGUAAUAAUAAGUUGUAGUAGAUUCCAUUAGUUUAAGCUGAAACCGGUAGUAUAAUCGUGACUUUGCGAGUGACAAGGUUUGAUCAAACAGUUCGGCGAUGGCGCACGGCGGGUAUGCCAAGUGGAGGGUUGCGGGGCGGAAGACGACGGCAGGAACCAGUCGGAGACCGAAAGGAUUACGCGUGGAGAAGAAACCGAAGAACUCCUCUCUCAAGAAUCAAAUUCGUUCCAUAGGCCGCAUGAUUCGUAAAAAGCCAAACACUAGUAGGGUUUUCCUGCCAGCACCUAUGUCAAGGUUUGCGUCAGCAUCUCGGAUGUAUUGGAAUGAGAUACCUUCCUCCAGCAACACUACACAGAGAAGAAGCCAGUGUUCAUAUGCUGCCACAAGUUCGCAUACUAGUCAGAGCAGCAACUUGAGUUCUAAUUCUGAUGCUCACAAACCCAAGAGGAAGAGAAGGCCUAAGACGAAGAAGCAGCAGGAUUCAUGCUUGAACGGCGAAGAAGCUUCUAAUGGAUUCUCGCUCGCUACUACUACCGCCUUGGUCUUACAUGCUACGAUGGUAUAUAAUCGGUAUAUAGAUGUCAUUGAUGAUGUUGUCACCAACGUUAAGAUCUAUAGGUUUCUUUUGUUUUUGGCUAAUGAGAUGAACCCUAAACUUUUCUUUACUUAGGGCAAAAUGUUAAUCCUCCCUCAAGAUAAGCUUUUCCAUUCCUUUACUUAACUUUUCUUUAUUUAUCUUGGCUUUGAUCUAAGUUUAAUCUAUCGAAUCCAAUCCA